CUUCCCCAUCCUCAACAUACAAUCUCCAACACGAUAAUCGCCAGCGAGAGCCUACCAUUACGCGCUUCUAGACUGCUUCGCACGGCUCGCCAUCAAACGAAACCAUGCCUCGCAACAAACCCCGCCUCCAGCUCGCUCUCUACGCGCGGCCGAAGCACCCUGGCACUUACCACUACGCGCUCUUCAUUUCUCAAAAAAGCACCAAACAACAACAGGCCAAUUCAGCGACAAAACACCAUGUCAAAAACACGCUCCAAAAUAUCUCCGGCGAGCUCACACAGCCAUGGCGCUACGAACGUCUUGCCAUCUCGGACGUCCAGCUCGAACAGCGUCUACUAGUCCGUAUCGUUAUAGCUAAGGUUACGUCCCCAGAUGCGCUUGAAAGGAUCCUUGAAGCAGUGCCGGUUUACCAGAUCGAUGACCCGGAUCGAGCGAAAGCGCAAUCGUUCACUUGCUUGACGUGGGUUCGAGCUGCGCUGGAGGAGCUGGGGAGGCAGGGAGCGGUGGCUGGGUUGGGGGAGUGGGAGGGGAUUCACAAGAAGGCACUAGAGUACGUGGAGAGGAAGAAGGACAUGGGUAGGUGGGAUGCGGGCUGGAAAGGGGAGGCGGGGGUGCCUAUGUUGGAUUUACUUGACGGGAGAGAGGUUGUUGGGUAGGAGGCCGGACUUAAUCACUCUAUUGCAAUUCUGAGAC